GCAGUUACCGUGCGGAGGGCAUUUUGUUCAGGCUAUUGCGUGACCGAGAGGCGAGAAUUCAGCGAGCUCGUGAAUUUAACGUAUACGAUAAUUACCAACGCGUAUUCUAAAUAAUUAGUAAUCAUUCGUAUAUUCUUCUCGAGUUACAACAUUUAAUUCCUGAUUUAGACGUAACAGUUUACUCAGUGUCGUAAAGAAAACGUUGUCGAACCAGCCUAUCAGCCAUGGCUGCUAUGUCCGUGAUCGGAAUUGACUUUGGUAACGAAAGCUGUUAUGUGGCUGUAGCACGCGCAGGAGGCAUUGAAACCAUAGCUAAUGAUUACAGUCUUCGAAAUACACCAUCAUGUGUAGCAUUCAGUGGGAAAAACAGAAUUCUUGGAGUAGCAGCCAAAAAUCAAAUGGUAACAAAUAUGAAAAAUACUAUUCAUGGAUUUAAAAGAUUAUUGGGCAGAAAAUAUAAUGAUCCACAAGUACAGAGAGAGCUUCAGAUGUUACCUUUUAAGGUAACUCAACAGUCAGAUGGAGGUAUUGGUAUACAUGUACACUAUUUGGAAGAAGAACACGUUUUUUCACCUGAGCAAAUAACUGCAAUGUUAUUCACAAAAUUAAAAGAUAUAUCUGAAACAGCUCUUCAAACUGUUGUUAAUGAUUGUGUUAUUUCUGUUCCUUCAUAUUAUACACAAUCUGAACGUCAGGCAUUGCUUGAUGCUGCAGAAAUUGCAGGUUUAAAUGUUCUUAGAUUAUUUAAUGAAACAACAGCUACUGCUUUAUGCUAUGGUAUUUACAAACAAGAUUUACCAGCUACUGAUGCACCACCAAGAAAUGUAGUUUUUGUUGAUUGUGGAUAUGCAAGCUUACAAGUAUGCAUUUGUGCACUCCACAAAGGGAAACUGAAGAUGUUAGCAAGUGCUGCUGACAGUCAGUUUGGUGGGAGAGAUAUAGAUACUAUGUUAGCAGAAUAUUUCUGUAAAGAUUUUUUAUCACGUUACAAUAUUGAUCCGCACAACAAUCCACGUGCCUAUGUAAGAUUAUUAUCAGAAGUAGAAAAAUUGAAAAAACAAAUGUCUGCCAAUUCAACGACGCUUCCUCUCAAUAUUGAAUGCUUCAUGGAAGAAAAAGAUGUACAUGGUGAAAUGAAACGAACAGAUAUGGAAACAAUGUGCGCACAUUUAUUUAAACGUGUGGAAUCAACUUUGCGCCAGUGUCUUGAGGAUUCUAAAUUAAAACUAGAAGAUAUUCAUUCAGUUGAAUUAGCGGGCGGUUCUACUCGUGUUCCUGCUAUUAAACGAUUAGUUGAAGAAGUUUUUGGCCGUCAGGUAUCAACCACUUUAAAUCAGGACGAAGCUGUUUCUCGAGGAUGUGCACUUCAGUGUGCAAUGUUGAGUCCUGCUGUAAGAGUUCGUGAAUUUUCAGUGACUGAUAUUCAGCCGUACCCACUAAAGUUAACAUGGGAUCGUACUCAAGGCGAAGACGGUGAAAUGGUAGUCUUUGAACACAAUCAUCCUGUACCAUUCUCGAAGAUGUUAACAUUCUAUCGAUCAAGUCCAUUUACACUCACUGCCAGUUACAGUACACCACCACCAUCAUAUCCUCAAACUCAUAUUGGUGUGUUCACAAUAAAAAAUGUAAAACCAACACAGGAAGGAGAAACGUCGAAAAUCAAAGUAAAAGUAAGAGUAAACUUGAAUGGUAUUUUCACUGUUGCUUCAGCAUCACUCGUUGAAAAACGUGAACUCACACAACAAGAAAAAGAAGAAGAAGAGAAACAGCAGCAGCAGCAGCAGCAGCAGCAACAACAAAAUAGUAUGGAUGUUGAUCAGCAGCCAGAUAAAAAAGAUAAGCCUGAUCAAGAAGCACAGGCAAACGAACCGCCUGCACCUGAGGUGAGCAUGGAUAAAACGCGACGGAACUCAGAUGCUGAUGAUGGUGGAAGAGGUGCGAGGGGUUCUGCCCCUACUUACUCCUCCAGGCUUCUCUCUUGGUUCAGCUUGGGUGAUGAUAAAAGUGAUGAAAACAAAGGUAAAAAGAAAGUUCCUGUUCGUACUGUUGAGUUGCCUGUGGAAGUACGCGGAAGCGGACUUUCUCAACGUGACUUGGAUGCCGCGUUAGAAAAAGAGUGCAAAAUGGUCGUUGAGGAUAGGCAAGAAAAAGAACGUAUUGAUGCUCGUAACGCAUUAGAAGAAUACGUUUAUGACUUACGUGCUAAGUUAUCAGAAGACGAUCAGUUGGCCACAUUUAUUACAGAAGCUGACAAAGAAGUUCUUUGCCGCACGUUAGAUGAUACCGAAAAUUGGUUGUACGAAGAAGGUGAGGACUGUCACCGACAGAUCUAUUCAGAGCGAUUAACAUGUCUUAAGGCACAAGGCGAACCAAUUAAAGAAAGGCGAAUGGAAUUCGAAGGCAGAGGUCACGCGUUAGAAGAAUUAGCAGGUGCAUUGCAACUUGCUAAAAAAGGAGUUGAUCUCAUUAGAGCAUCCAUUGGAAAGGAUGAUAAAUAUUCCCACCUAACAGAAGAAGAAAUAAAGAAGGUCGAGAAAACAGUACAAGACAAAUGGUCGUGGCUUGAAGAAAAGCGUAUGCUUCUUGCCGGUACACCUCGCACGCAACAACCACCAGUCACUAUAGCUCAUAUACGCGCAGAGAAACAGUCUUUGGAUAGUAUUGUAUCACCAAUUUUAAAUAAACCAAAACCCAAAGUUGAAUCUCCAAAGGAAGAAAAACUUAAAGACAAAGCAACUGAAGAUCAACAGAAAAGUAAUCAAAAUAGUCAAGGUGAUGGUCACCCUCAGACCAAUCAGCAACAACAACCCCAGAAAGAAAAGAUGGAUGUUGAGUAACGGUUAUUUUUAUGUGUUUUAAUACCAUUAAUGAUUAAAAUUCAUGAUUAAAGUAACGAAAAUUAUUUCAUCACGCAAGUCAUUUUUAUCAUGUCACAAAACCGCCUGAUAUGUUUUAGU